AUGUCGUCUUCCGCCCAGCCCAGCUCGCUCCUCCUCUUCACCUCCUCCCAAGCGCCCCUCCCUACUCGCUACCCCCAUCCCCACAAGCCUCGCUUCGUCAUCCCUCCCUUGGUCCACCGUACGCUCCACAACGCGCUCGAUGCCAAGCCGGCCGACGGGUCUGACUCAAACGGGGACACCUCGGCGCCAGGCUUCCAGGUGGAUCAGGGCUGUCUGAUCCUUCCUCACCCGGACAGUAUGGUCAAGCACGACCUCCCACCCUCAAGCCGCACUCCUACUCCUCCUUCAGAAGCCGUCAAUCACGCCGAUACCAACGUCGUCAAUGACGCUGUUCACUCGGAGGGGGACAUGGAGCUCACGCUCAAGCUCCACCUGGUCGGCUCAAGCAGCGCCGAGGAGCGGACACGAUGGGUCGACGAGGCGCUAUCCACCUUGUCGACGUACAAGGGUCUCGGCGCGGGCUCGGUGGACACUCUUCUGGUAGGGUGGAAAGGAGUGGAUUAUAAGGGCAAGAAGACGGCAGUGAGCGAGUUCUUUGGAUGCGGGGCGGAGGGGCUGGAAGGUGGAGGCGGUGCGGAAGCGUCAGAGGAGGUCGAGGAGGAGGUCAGGGAUAGUUGGGGACGAAUCGUGGAGGCACUGAAGGGGGAGGGGGAGCAAAGGGUGAAGCGGCUUGGGACAAUGUACCUCCCGCUCGGGGUGCUGCAGCGUCUGACGACGGGCAAUGGCAAGGUGCAGAAGCCGGAAAUUAACAUGCUGGAUACGCCCGAUUGCCAUCAUCUUCCGAAGGAGUACUCGGGGUUUGCGAAGGAGCAUGCAGUGGAGUUGUGGGCGGGUGGAGGGGGAGAGGGUGCAGACCCCUUACCAGAUGCAGAGCUCCACAAUCUGCUUCAAGAAUUCGCCUCACCUCUCGGUCUCAAAUCCAUCUCGGACCUCAUCCCCCUCCGCGCCGAUCAGCUCAAAUAUGAUCUGGCAUCGCCAUCAUCGGUACAACCGGGCGUGCAGGUCAAGUGGGUCUUGGGCUACACGGUGCUGUCAAAAGCGAGGAACGUAGUCAAGGACAGGGGAUAUGUCAUCUCGGCCACAUUGUAG